UUCAAGCUCCACUUCACCGAAUACUGUCAGCACAACGUCCAUGACCACCAUGACCACCAGUGUCACCAUGACCGACAAUGUCACCAUGACCGAUAAUGUCACCAUCACCGUGACUACAAAUGUGACAGCUCUAAGCUCAGGUUCAAACAGUACAAACACGUCCAUGCUUUAUUGUCGAAUUCUCACCUGUAACCAUACGACAUGCCACCACACAUUCAUGAACACCAACGCCACCCUCUGCCCAGCUAGUGCCAAAUACUGUGAGUUGAGGAGAGAUGACACCAUGAGGUAUUUGAUUGACUGCGCUACAGCCUGCCCCACUCUCUGUACCAAUGCAUCUCAGAUCAACUGCUCUGUCAACUGUUGUAGCUCGGAGACCUGCCACCACGCCAUAAUCGCUAACCUCCUGAACUCCACCAUGAUGUCAAUGACUUCUACAACACAGUCCACCACUACAAACACUACUACUAAGGCCACCACAGCUGUAACCACCACUGCUCCAACCAAUGGCAAGAAGUGUCAUAAGAUCAGCUGCAAUGGGGACACCUGUUAUCAAGGCAAUACAAAUGUGGUGCUGUGUUCUCCUACUCAGAACUACUGUAUGCUAAAAAAGGCGACAAGUGGAACGGUGGUGACCUGGACAGGAGGUUGCAGUGAGGACUGCAGCAAAGAGACUGCUUGCUCAUCUACAACGUCUACCUGCUUCUUAGAGUGCUGUAAUGCUACUACCGCGGCCUCCUGCCUGAAGCUGACCGGUGCAGUGAACAUGCCCAGCUCUGCCACCAGAGGGCUGUUCUCUCCGAUGCUGCUGAUGGCCUGUUCAUUGUUCCUUUGGAUAAUAAGCAUGGCUAGUUCAGCAUAACAGGCCUCAUGUACCCAUCAAGCCUCAGAAUCGGCUGUAGAAC